GUCAAGAGCCGUAAACAGCAAUGUUAUCCCAAACAUCCCGCAACCUCCUCCUCCUCCCCCUGCUUCGCGCCCCGCACCCACUCCGCCGCACCUUCACCACCUCGAGUGUCUACCGUCAAGCCACGAGCGGUACCGCUCCAGGGGCAAUUCCUAAAAAGAGGCCCAUCGGGGCUUUUAGAGGAGGGUGCGUUCUUUUUACUGCUCCCCCUCCCCCUCCCCCUCCCUUUCCACUUCAUUUGGCGGGUUUUGAACUGGGUAAACUGAUUUAUAUGGAUUGGUGGGUGGGUGGGGUGGGGAAUAGAUUGUUUGGGUUUCUCCUGGGAUCAACGGUUUCUGGAGGCGCGGCGUACUUUUACUUGCUUGAGGAGUAUAGAGUUUCCAACGAACUCUUGACGGAGGAUGUCGAGGUUUGCUUUGCUGCCUUCCUUCCUUCCUUCCUCCUAUUCUCCGUGUUGGUGGUUCGAUUUGGGUGGGGAGGGGGGGGGCUGAUUGUGGGAUCUUAUGUGUAGGCUUUGAGGACUUCGAUUCAGCGGGUGGAGGCUUAUGUUAGGCGAUUGGAAGAGAGUACUGAGGUGCAGAAGAGCGCUCCUGCGAAGAGGAAGUGAUGGACCGCUGGGUGGGUGGGAGGCGCGGGGAUGGUGAUUGAAUGGGUAGGAGGUUAUGCGCUUUGUUGCGAUUACUUGUGCCGGUCGGCACGGGGGAGUCGGAUUGUAAUUAACUAAAAUGGGGAAUACGGGCUUA